GCGCCACAGUCAAUCGCGGUCUCAGUCGACGCGCGGCAUCCGUGUGAAACGCAUCGCGUGCCUACUCUCUCGCUUCGUUUUUCUACUCGCCUUCCGAGAACGAACGAGUAAGAUAAUCGUACGUUGAGUUGUUUCUAUCGAUAAGAAAGAAGAAGAAAAAUAGAGAAAGAGAAAGAGAGAGAGAGAGAGAGAGAGAGAGAGAGAGACGAGAGAGAGAGACGAGAGAGAGAGACGAGAAAGAAAAGGAAAACAAAAUUUUUCAUCUUUAAAUUUCGAACGAUCGUAAAACUUCUCUCAUUCGAUCAUCGCGUGAGCGGAUGUGGAUUCGCCGAUGUGACAAGAGAAUACAGUCAUAAUGAUAGACCGGAUAUGACGAAGAGAUUGAGAAAGAGAGAGAGAGAAAAAGAGAGCGAGACGAAAUGAGAGAAGAUCUAUUCAUUCGUGACAAUUGAAUGAACGUGUGUGUGCGCGAUAGUGACUCAUAAAUCAUAAAUUAUCGAUUUUAUUGCCAAGAGAUUAUCAAAUAUACAUAUUCAUAUAUAUAUAUAUAUAUAUACAUAUAUAAAUUUAUGACAUUAAUUUAUACAUUGAUUUAUUUGACAUUAUGUAUUGUAUUUUUUGAAUGCGUCGAAUCGUGUUCGUGUAAAAUUUUAUUUGGAGGAUCGAUCGAUCAUAUUAAAAGGAAUAAAAAGAAGAACAAGGAAGAAGAAAAAGAAGAAGAAGAUGAACUAAAUGAAUAUGGUUACCAAUAAUUGUCGUCGCGUUCGAUCGAUGAGAAUUUAAAGGGAGGAAAAAAUAGAAAAAGGAAAAAAAAAACGGAAAAGAAAAAAGAAAGAGACAGAACUGAACGAAAAUAAAAGAAACGGGAAAAAAAUUAAAAUAGAUAAAUAAAUAAAUGAAAAGUGGGCAAAAAAAAAAAGAAAGGAGGAGAAAGGAAAAAGGAAGUAAAGCUUUUUUUUACACCUUCGAGAAUGAAAAUCGUGUCAAGAUCAUCGAGUACGGAGCCGUUGUUGUUGGGAAAAACAUGAAAUAACAACGAAGGUAAAGAGCAAAAAAAAAAAACAAAAAGGAAAGGUUGAAUAAAACCCCGUCGCUUAUAUCAACCCCGUAAAAAAGAAAAUACAGAAGGAGAGAGAGACAGAGAGAGAGAGAGAGAGAGAGAGAGAGAGAGAGAGAGAGAGAGAUGGACAAAUACGGAAUGGAGUUUCCUAAACGUGAUUGGAGUCACAGGCUCAGUUUGCGUGGCAGUAGAAGAAGUCAUCAGAGCGAGAUCGUAGGAAGCGGAAGGUCAACAACUGGAUCAUUGAAGAGUACAAGAAGAUGGGCGAGUCUUCGACAACAUACCGUAAACAAUGACGGUGGUAAACCACGAGUCGAAUUACUUCUCGAUCCACCAGGAUCGAAACCUUCGACUCCUUCGUCUCAGCCGCAUACUCCUCAUACACCUAAUACACCAAAGACACCGCACACUCCUGUUAAGAAGUCUAACUGGGAGGUUAUCGAGCACUUUACUGGCCCACCUCGUCCCUCCAUUAUCACGAUGAACAGAGGAUCGGAAGUCGGUGUUGGUAUCAAUGUCGCCGGAAAGGAACCAAUACCGGAAGUUGUCUCUAGUCCGGGAAUAACUCUACCACCUACUGGAUGCGCCCUAUGCAGAUUUCUAAGCUCUCUUUGCGCGUCUCAUCGAUUCAAAAAUCUCCAGGUGGAAAUGCUCUACCAACGUUAUUUCCUUCGCAUGAAUCAGAGUAACAUGACACACGUGCUCGGUCUACUGGCAGGAUUGGCAUUCGCACUGGGCCUGCUACUCUUCGUUAGAUUGAUUUUAACCAACGGCGAGCCCCUACUUAUGCUUCUACGACGAUCCGAAAAUCUUUCCCUAGCAAUCACCCUCAUCAUAUGUAUCAUCGUUUACGCAGCAUUGGUCGCAACCAUUUCGAGGCCCGGUAUGAACGAGAUUUGGUUGGCCGUCGUCAGCGGUGCCGUAUUGGUUACAUUGUUGGCCUUACAAGUAACCCUGAACAUUCAUUUGGCCUAUUUGCACGAGAUACAACAGAAAAAUUACGAGGACGACGAAAACAUCGGGGAAACGUCGUCGUCAUCGUCAUCAUCAUCGUCAUCAUCAACGUCGUCGUCAUCGUCAUCGUCGUCGUCGUCGUCGUCGUUGCCAUUGCCGUCAUCAUUGUCAUCGUUGCCAUUGUCGUCGUCGUCGACGUCGUCGUCGUCUAUGCCGUCCUUGUCGUCACCUACAUCGUCAUCAAUGCCAUCUUCAUCGUUCUUGUCAAUGUCAAAAGAACUACGUACCGGUGGACCAUUGGCGGCAGCUUGGGCUGUCUGCUUUUUCAUCUACAUGGCUUAUGCCUUAUUACCGAUUAGGCUUAGGCACGCCUGCAUCGCCGGAAUCUGUUUUUCGAUCGCUCAUCUCGUCGGUGCAUUGUUACUCUACCCACAGGAUUAUCCUGCCAUAAUGGCUCACCUUCUCAGCUCAAUAGUCGUGGUAGGU